UUUUCUUUUUCUUUUUCAAAUCCUUUUCCCUGUUUCUUUUCCCCCACACCAUUUAUAUUCAAUUCAAUCGCCUCACUCUCUCAAAUUCCUUCCUUAGGGUUUUAUCAUUUCCCUCUCCCUUAAUUCCUUUCUAUCUCUUCCUUCUCAUCCAUUAUUCCAUUCAACUAACAAUCCUUCGCCCGCCAAAACCAAUUUAUGAAUUCUCAAUCAACUAACUCAUUUUCUUUUUUCUCUUUUUUUCUCCUUUUUCUCUGGAGAUCAGGAUUUGACUAAUGACUAAUGAUUCAUGAAAACGGAUUUUCUUUACAUUUAUGUUUUUGUUAUUGAUUGGAUGAUGAUGCUGACAAUCUGUAAUACUCUGAUAUCUUUAGUGGGUCGAUUACAGUUUUUCUUUCCUUCUUUUUUAAAUGAAGAUGGAAUAUAUGGAAAGGGAAUUUACAUAGGAAUCAAGAAUUGUUAAGUUUGCAGCUUUCUUUUAUUUGUACCGUAGUUUAAUGUAGCAUUGUUAGUUUUUGUUCAAGGGUUAGUUACUUGAGCUGGAAAGCUGUUACGUCUUGAUUGAUCAUGUUUGUGCACGUUUCUUUUAGUUUAGGUGAAGUUUUCUUGAUAUUGUAUAUAAAGUUGAUCAGGACUUGAGGGCAUUAAUAUGUUCCGUCCAUAUUUGUGCAAAAUAUGAUCAAGCUGGGAUUGGGGUUAGUCCUUUCUGUUUUUUUAAUUGUGUGGUAUAGUCAAAUCUGAAAUGUCAUGUAAGCUUGUCAAUGUUGGAGUUUAAGUUAAAUGGUGUUGUUUUUCUUUCAUUAUGUUGUUCCAAUCAGUAGGAGCGAUGGAAGUAUCAUUAGUGGAUCCUUAUGGGACCAAUCCUGGACCAAUUGAGAGCUCGGUUCUGUAUGACCAAGAGAAGCAUGUGUCCUCAGCAGUUUGGGAUGGGCAGGAGCGUGGUGCACUUAGGUGUCACGAGCACACUUCCAAGCUUGAUCAGUGGACACUUACAGCCAAGCAAAUUGAACUAGUUGAGAGAGCCGGAUUUGGGUAUUUGAGAUUGAUUCCUGCUAUUAGUCUGGAUAACCCACUAAUCUCUGCUUUGGUUGAGAGGUGGAGAAGAGAAACAAAUACCUUUCACUUGAAUGUUGGAGAAUUGACUGUUACCCUGAAAGAUGUUGCCCUCUUACUUGGACUUGCAAUUGAUGGAGACCCUGUUAUUGGUCUAACAUAUACAACUUGCCACUCUAUAUGCGAGAGGUAUCUAGGCAGAGCACCAGAUCCUGGCUAUACGAGUGGUGGAAUGGUUAAGCUUAGUUGGUUGAAAGAGUUCUUUUCUCGGUGCUAUGAAGAUGCUCCAAUGGAAAUUGUUGAACGCCAUACACGUGCUUACCUUCUUUACCUUGUAGGCAGUACAAUCUUCUCCACUACAACUGGGAAUAAAGUACCAGUCAUGUACCUUCCUUUGUUUGAGAAUUUUGACCAGUGUGGGAAGUUUGCUUGGGGAGCAGCUGCUUUAUCAUUUUUGUACAGAGCUCUUGGGAAUGCUUCCUUGAGAUCACAAAGUACCAUCAGUGGUUGCCUAACCUUACUGCAGUGUUGGAGUUAUUUUCACCUUAAUAUUGGGCGUCCAAAGCUAAAUCAUGAUCCAAUGCAUAAUCGCUUUCCAUUUGUGCUUAGAUGGAAGGGCAAACAAAGUGGUCCAACAGCAAACCGUGAUGUAGUAUUUUACCGAAAGGCUUUGGAUUCCUUGAAACCUUGCGAUGUGGAGUGGCUACCUUAUAGAAAUAUGGAUAGUAUGCUAAUUCCAGAAAACAUUAAAAGCUCUUUGAUACUUGGGAGGGCGAAGACCAUGUUGAUAUGCUUCGAUAAGGCAGAGAGACAUCUACCUAGCCGUUGCUUAAGGCAGUAUGGUAUGCUUCAGGGAAUCCCAGAAGAUGUUCCACGGUGGGAAAGAAAAAGCAGGGGUGUUGAUGGAGGAGUUGACCUAUCAGCAAAAAUGGAAGUUGAACUUAAUGAAUGGAGAGACCGUGGACUCCAGAUUGUUGAUGGUGAUGAUAGUGUGGAUGAAAAUGAAUACAUGCAGUGGUACCUGAAAAUUACUCGUAGGUUUGUUGGGAGGCCUAUAUCUCUGUCAUCUGAGUUUCAAAGGACGAAUGCUGGUUUGAGGGAUAUUGCACAUAUAGCAGAUACAUUCUCAACCAAGGGGUUGGAUCAGCAGCAAAUUGAUCUGAUUUCAAGGAUAAGAUACAUUGCACAUGAAUGUUUAAGAGACCAAGUUGGAGGUCCAAUUAUAUUGUCCUCCAUUCCCCAGAUCGAACUUGGUAAACGAAUUAGGGGAAAAGAGAGGGUCAGAAGGAAGGGUACAGGAAAACGUAUAAGGAAGGAGGACCAAUUGCAAUACACUGCAGUUAGUGAAGAUGAUCAGUCUCAUUUUUGUGAUUCUGCCAUUGAGGUUGAUCAAUUACAACUCCAUCACAUGAAUAGAGAUAUGGAACAUCCAGAGUUAUGUUCUGUUGACUCGGAGGUUGAUCAUUUACCGCUGAUUCAUGAAGUUGAUGAGGAUGAUAGUAUGCAGUUAUGUGAGGCCAACAUAGGGGUUGACCAUUCUGACAUGAUACAUAAUGCUGCUGGGGGAAAUAUGGCUGAGUUAACCCAUGCUGAUAUUAAACUUGAUGAAGCUGAGCUAUGCGUCGCACCUAAGGAUGUUGAUGACCUGCAUUUAUCUGAUGCAAUCAAUGAAGUUACAAAUACCCAGAUUUGUGGUGCAAUGGAUGCUGGUGAUACACCGCAUUUUUCUACAUCUAAGGAAGCCAAUUAUCAUUCAACCAAGGAUGUUAAUAUGCCAAAGUUUCCAGGCACAGGUAACAAUGUUGACAAUUCAGAGCUUUGCCAUAGCUCUAUUAAGAGCUCUCCUCAGACAGGUGAACUAGCUGCUGAAAUUAUUUCAGAGUCAUCAUUUGUUGUACCUCACGAGGAUAUAAUGCAGAAAGGAAAUAACAAUAUUUACAUUAAACAAAGAUGAAUAUGCAGCAGCCCAAGGCUGAUGCUUAAAUUUUUUGAAGCUGUCUGAUGAACCUUGGGAUGUAAAUUCUUUUCUACUACAUAUUGAUAGGUUAAGAUACUACAUUUUUUGCCCCAUCAAUCGUAAUUGAGCACACAUGGAAGUACUUGAAGCAAGUAGGAUAGCCCAAAAGGAAACAAUCGUUUGCUACCACUACUGGAUUUGUCUUGGUUGGAUUGGGAAGUUGGAGGCCAAGAGACAAAAAUCACAAUUUAACAACUUUUAUGGGUUAAAGUUCCAAUGUAUUGGAUGGUGGCUAUUGAAAUGAAUACCCAUUUUGUAUGGUGAAGUUCAAGAGUGGUCUCCAAAGGGCAGUGUGAGGGAAAGAAAGUAUCAGAAAUAUAAAUGAUAACGAGGUGUCUUACUUGAUUAUUGUGGCUAACUUCUUAAUGCUCUGUUUCUUCCUUCUUGGAACUAUAAUCAAAUUAUUCACAUUUUUUGUUUUAUUUAUUUUCUAUUCAGUAAUUAGAUGUUAAUGUUAAUCAUAUUUGUUAACUUGUUUUAACCUUUUUUUUUUCCUCUCCAUUUUGUAAUAUAACGAUAAAAGAAACUUGUUCAGGAAUUGUUUUGUGUU